GAUUCAAAUGAUAAUGCUUCUUUACGGGUUACAAUAAAUAUUUUGCAUGCUUCGUCCAAACAUCCUGCCCCGGAGCAUCCGUCAUCGGCUUUUUAGACACUCGUCUCCUUACCGUUUAUUUAGCAGCACGCGCUGUGUGUUCAACAUGGACGCAGAACAGUUCCGGCAGGCUGCCCAGUCAGCCAUUGAAGAAAUAAUCGAACAUUUCAAUACCCUCCCCUCCCGCCGGGUUCUUCCAAACAUUGAACCGGGAUACCUCCGCCCACUUCUUCCGCAGUCCCCCCCGAAAGAACCUGAAUCAUGGGAACAGAUACAGCUGGAUAUCGAAUCCAAAAUUAAGCCUGGCCUGACGCACUGGCAGUCCCCGCACUUCAUGGCCUUCUUUCCGGCGCUGGUGACUUACCCUAGUAUCCUGGGCGAAAUGUAUUCCGCAGCGUUCAGCGCCCCCGCUUUCAACUGGCUGUGCUCUCCCGCCUGCACAGAGCUGGAGAUCGUGGUGUUGGAUUGGGUCGCGCAGGCCAUUGGACUGCCAGAAUGCUUCCACAGCACUGGCCCAACCAAGGGCGGUGGUGUCAUUCAGGGUAGCGCGAGCGAGGCUGUUGUCACAGUCAUGGUCGCCGCGAGGGAGCGGAUGCUUCGCGAUCUCGCUGCAGCCGAGGGACUGAAGGAAGACACGCCCGAAUGGGAGGAUAAAGUUAUGUCUAUCCGCGGCAACCUCGUCGCGCUUGGUAGCGACCAGGCACAUAGCUGCACCGCAAAAGGCGCUCGUAUCGUCGGCACCCGCUACCGUUCCGUCCCCACGGCGCUUUCCGACAACUUUGAAGUGACUGGAGCCUCGCUCCGCAGGGUCCUCGAAGAAUGUGAAGCUGCCGGGCUAGUCCCCUAUUAUCUCACCACCACCCUCGGAACGACCAGCACAUGUGCCACUGACCGUUUCGCCGAGAUCAAAGCCGUUCUCGCGUCCAAACCUUCCUGGCAAAAGAUAUGGGUACACAUCGACGCAGCCUACGCCGGAGCCGCGCUCGUGACGCCAGAAUACCAGCCAAUCGCACGUGAAUGGGAUUCCGGCAUCGACAGCUUCAACUUCAACAUGCACAAAUGGCUCCUCGUCAAUUUUGACGCCAGCUGCCUAUUCGUCCGCAACAGGACCGACGUCACUUCCGCCAUGGACAUCACGCCCGCGUACCUACGCAACCCUUACUCCGAGCUCCCGGACACCGUCGAUUUUCGAAACUGGCAGAUCCCGCUGGGCCGACGGUUCCGCGCCCUGAAGAUCUGGUUCGUCAUGCGCGCAUAUGGGCUGUCCGGGAUGAGGGCGUUUAUCUACAAGGGCUUACAUCACGGCGAUGUCUUUGUGGAGCUGUGCCGCGGCAGGAAGGAUUUGUUCACAAUAGUCACGCCACCAGCGUUCGGGCUGACUGUCUUCCGCGUCACGGAUGAAGCGGCGGCGGCGGCGUGUGGAAGUACCAGUGCGGCGAUUACGCGUGAGGUCUAUGAAAAGAUCAACGCGGGCGGUGAGAUAUUCAUCACGUCUUCGGUGGUUGGAGGGAUAUAUGUGAUUCGCGUCGUGAGCGGGUCGUGGUUGUCGGAAGAGAAGUAUGUGCGGAGGGCGUUCGAUAUCAUUGCGAAGACAACAGAGGAGACUCUCGCGGGAAAGAAGACCAAUGGGGUCGAGACUCUGAAAAAUUGA